AUGACUACGGCCACCGCGCCUGCAACGUCUAGUGAACACCGAGGUCCUUUUCAAACCACAAAAAAUAGGAUCGCGACGAUCGCGACGCUAUCAAGUAAAAACCAAGAGAUUCUUGACCAAAUGAACAAAUUACAACAUUCACAAUCUCAAACUUUAAACUUAUUAAAUAGUCAAUUGGAAACAAUUCCACACAUAAAUGGUUCAGGACAACAUAUCGAUAAUCUGGUUAACAAUUUAAAAUCCAGACAGAGGCGUAGUAACAAUUUACAACAGCAACAAUCAGUACUAAGAGUGAGGUCAGACUCAUUGAAUAACGGUGAUGCAAUGGAAAUGGAAGAUAAUAAUGAAAUAAGAACAAUUACUGCUGAUGAUUCCUUAUCAUCAAGGAAAUCGGCAAAACUUGCAAUUGCGAAUCGUAGUGUCAAAGAGUUAAAAAAGUUGGAUUCUCCAAGUAAUAAUGGGGGAGAAUUGGAUUGGAAAUAUUUUUCAACUGAAAAUAAUUCAGAUUCCGAUGGGAAUUCAAGUGGUAUGGAUGAUAAAGAUUUUGAAAACGACAACAAUUUCUCUUCUUUACGAAGACGAAGUUUUAAAAGUCAUCCUACGUUAACUGUUAAUACUAAACCUACAAAAACACCACAACGAUUAAUCACACCAGAAUCUUCUGAUUCAGAAUUUGAUUUUGUAAAUUCACAUAUGCCUCUUGCUUCUACAUUAGGUGGAAGUAGAAAUCCUCUUCGCGCUGCACGUCAUAGUUCUGCUGAACUUUAUAACGGUAACAUAACAGAUCGACGUAGUCGACCUGCUAAUUCAUUAUUUUCUUCAGUUGAGGAAGAAAGGGGCUCUUUAUCGGAUGUUGCUGAAAACGAAGUUAAUGACAAUACUUCAGAGAAUAUUAAUCGUGGGCAGGUUAAACAAAUACCCGUUAAUGGUAGAAAACGCGCACAGAAAUAUCUGGAUGAUUAUAACGUAGUAAACGAUGCACCCAAAACAGUUAAACUGAAUCGACGAACACAAACGGAUGAUUCAUAUGCUGAUAUACCGGAUGAUAAUAGCAGUGUAAUGUCUUCGGAUUCUAUGAUUAUGCUAGAGGAACUUCGGGCUCGUAUUCAAAAACUUGAAUCGGAACGCGGAAUUGUCGACGAUGAACGUAAACUUCAAAGGAAAAAGAAACAUAAUUCCGAACUUGUAAUGUCACCAGCUGCUUUGUCUCCUGAUAGUUCCCAAGGUGGAGCCAGCUCAAUCGCGUGCGCUCAAAAACGUUCUUCGGCAUCAGCCCAACAUCAAAGACAUUUACAAAAUGCUUUUGACUUAUUCGAAAAAGCGUUCUCUACAGAACACUUAAUAAAUGAUGCCUCACCUCCGCCUUCACAUUCAAUGGCCAUGGUAGUUUCAUCGGCACUUUUUAUAAACCAAAAGUUGCGUUCAGUUUUAUCACAGCAAAUGGAACUUGAUGUACAACAUCCUGACAAAGGAUUGAAAUCAUUAUUAAAAACAAGUGAUGAACAAGUUCGAAGUUUGACUGAAUGUUUAUUAGCACUUGCUCCUCUUGCCCCAAAGAGAGUAAUGACAAAGAAAAUGUCUGGACAUGUUCAUUACCCUAGCGAUUCAUCCUUACAAAUGCCUACACCUUCACAUUCUGCACGAUCCAUUUCUCCCAUACAUAGAGUAUCAUCUGCUCCGGUUCCUGGUCCUGAAUUAAAUCAUGAAUCACAGAUUGGUGAACAUGUUGAUCAAUCCUCCUCACAGAGAGUUUCACCAAUUCCUCCAUCGGAACAAUCUUCUCCUCCAAAUUCUUAUUAUAAUGCUCAACCACGAAUCACAUCACGAUAUAACCGUGUAUCAGGACCUCCCUCACCAACUUUACUUCCAGAAAGUUAUAAUGAUCCACAAAUGUCAGCUUCACGUUUAUCAGAUUAUGGGUUACGCAAAUCUCGACGUUCUUCUGGAACAGCAUAUAGUUCGUAUUCUAAUACACAUCCUGCUUCAUCAUCACCUUCACCACCACCAAUGCAACAUCCACCCACUCAUUAUGACCAACCGAAUUCGCGUGCUUAUUAUGAACGCGAAAUUCCACGUGAAGCAUCACGUGAACUACCUCGUUUACAAAGAUAUAGCCUACAAGGAUAUAACAACAUUUCACCUCAACCAGCUACUUCAGCAUAUCAGAGAACCGCAUCACGUCCAUCAUCAUUUACCCGAACCGACGAAUCAUCUUAUCCUCUUAAUCAUCCCGUUCGCACAUCAUCUCAUCAUCGUUCUUCAUCGGGAAGGUCACGCAUUUUUAGUGAAGAAUAUGUAAAUAGUACAGUAACAACAACAAGACCACCUUCAUCACGAUUAUAUGAAUUUAAUCGUAGGUAUCCUUCUGAUGGUCAAUCUCCCAUAGAUCGACGUUUAUUUCCUGGAUUGGAGACCGAUCGAAAAUAUUCAAGACGUCCCGUAAAUCAAUUCGAACCGGAAGAUGGUUAUGAUGUACCAAAUGGAUAUGGAGAAACCAUCUCGGAUAAUCUAAGAGACGAUAAAGGAUUAAGAAAGAUCCCCUCAAGCAGUAGCGGUACUUUUAGACAAAAGCAGGUACCUUCUCCAACACCAGAAGGAAUUGAAGGAAAUCAAGGUGAAAGUAAUCAGCGAGAUAAUGAAAUAAAUCAUAAUUGUAGACAAGACGUUCAAGGUUCAAGCGUUGUAAUUGGUCAAGAGAAUGAUGAAUACGCAUGA